AUGGAGUUCCGACCUAUCAGCUUAUGCAAUGUCGGAUAUAAGAUCAUAUCCAAGAUCUUAUCAACGAGGCUUAAGGGUAUCUUACCAAAGAUAAUCUCUGAGACGCAAUCAGCCUUCAUCGCGGAUCGACUAAUCACUGAUAAUAUCCUGAUUGCUCAAGAGAUGUUUCAUGCCCUUCGUACCAAUCCAAGCUGCAAAAACAAAUUCGUAGCCAUCAAAACUGAUAUGAGCAAAGCGUACGAUCGGGUUGAAUGGAGCUUUAUGGAAGCCUUGCUACUGAAAUUUGGCUUUGAUCCGCGAUGGGUCUCUUUGAUCAUGAAGUGCAUAUCAUCAGUCUCUUACCAGGUGUUGAUCAAUGGAGAGGCAAAAGGGCACAUAGUUCCCUCGAGAGGACUCCGGCAGGGAGAUCCACUGUCACCGUUUCUCUUUAUCCUCUGCACGGAAGUUCUGAUCUCGCAUAUCCAACAAGCGGAAGUAUCUAAGACUAUUACUGGAAUAAAAAUCGCAAAGGAAUGCCCACCAAUCUCCCAUCUUCUCUUCGCCGAUGACAGCCUUUUCUUCUGUAAAGCAGAGCAAUCUCAAUGCGAAGAACUGGUUCGAAUCAUCGACGUCUAUGGAAACGCCUCAGGACAACAACUGAAUAAACAAAAAUCUUCAGUUCUGUUCGGUUCUAAGGUCAUAGCGUCUAUAAAAAACGAUCUGAAAGGAUCACUUGGCAUCACAAAAGAAGGGGGAAUGGGAAUGUACUUAGGCAUGCCCGAAAAGAUAUGUGGAUCGAAGAAACAAGUCUUUUCCUUUGUACAAGAAAGAUUGAAUGGCAGGAUCAACUCGUGGUCUGCAAGACUCCUAUCCAAAGGGGGCAAAGAGGUGCAAAUUAAAUUGGUUGCUCAAGCUGUACCAACCUUCGUUAUGUCAUGCUACCGUCUGCCUCAAGAUACUUGCAAAAGACUCUCCGCCGCAGUGGCGCGUUUCUGGUGGAGUACGAGUUAUAAUAACAAAGGACUCCAUUGGGUAGCAUGGGAUAAAAUUUGUGUUCCAUUGGAUGAGGGAGGUCUGGGAUUCCGCUAUUUCAAUGACUUUAACCUUGCUCUCCUGGCAAAACAAGUCUGGCGUUUGCUGAUCUUCCCGGACUCCCUCCUUGCCCGAGUCUUAAAAGGACGAUACUACCGACAUUCCAACCCGCUGGCCACAGGCAAAGCAAAUAAUCCUUCGUACGGAUGGACUAGUCUAAUGUCGUCUCGACAUAUCCUGGAUAAGGCAGUCAAAAAAACUAUUGGCAAUGGAUCAGAUACAAAAGUCUGGGAGGACGUCUGGAUACAGACAGAACCAGCCAGACCAGCAAAGCCCAAAGGCAUUCUCUUUGAUCCAGACUUGAAGGUACACCAUCUGAUUAAUCAUGAGCUCAAAGAAUGGGACGUGGAACUUGUUAAAGAACUUAUAAACGAAGACGACGCCCAACGCAUUUUGUCUAUGAGAAUUAGCCGCACGGGUCGCAAAGAUAGCUAUGUCUGGAAAAAUUCCAAAUCGGGUAGCUAUACAGUGAGAACAGGAUAUAAGGUGGCAGUAGAACAGAGACAAAACUCCCAUCUCAAAGCAGUGACAGAACCAAGUACAAAGGAUUUGAAGAAAGAGGUAUGGAAACUUAAAGCGCCUAGGAAAAUUAAGCACUUCCUAUGGCAAGCUAUCUCAGGAUUUGUAGCAUCAGCAAGUAAGCUGAAAGAACGUCAUUGUGGAAAAGAUAGUACUUGUCAGAGAUGUGGAGCAAAACAAGAAACAGUAAAUCAUAUACUUUUCGAGUGUCCACCGGCAAUUCAAUGUUGGGCUCUAUCUAAUAUCCCUUCAUCUCUGGGGUUGUUUCCGUGCUCUUCACUUUAUGUUAAUGUCGAUACUUUGCUAAGGUACUGUAAAGAGCCUAACCAUAUCGGAGACAUCUCUUCGAUAUUUCCAUGGAUCAUGUGGUAUCAAUGGAAGGCUCGAAACAAUAAGUGCUUCAGUAACUUAGACACGACAGCUUUGGAUAUUUUGCAACUGGCAAGGCAGGAGGCGGAAGCUUGGAAGAUGGCGCAGAUCGUUGAGACGACCUUCACGAAAGAAGAAGAAAAUAACCAGAGGAGAAAUCCUUCCCCAGCACCUAACCUAACGCAUCAGUGGAGAUGUCAGGUUGACGCGUCAUGGGUGGAGGCAAGCGAUGGAAUUGGAAUGGGUUUUGUCUUGUUUGAACAGGAAGUGGAGGUGUUAAGAGGACGGUGCAAAGGACCACAAACAGAGACGCCACUACACGCAGAGGCCGAGAGCUUAUGUUGGGCGAUGAAAGAAGUAAACAACCGGGGAUGCCGGCGCAUAAACUUUGAAUCUGAUUGUCAACAGCUCGUGCACAUAAUACAACGGAAGAAACAGUGGCCUGCUCUGGAACCGGUUUUGGACGAAAUUAAAGCUAUGAAUGCUCUCUUUAAAGACUUAUCUCUUAUGUUUAUCUCUCGAUCAGCAAAUGUCCGUGCGGAUAAUCUUGCCAAAGAGGCCCGAGCACGCGAGCAAUGCUUCAGCUUCUAUGAAGUAAAAGAUCCGAUUAGGCUAGCUAUAGAGGCUAGCUUGUAUGAAUCCCUUUAA